CUCCGAUGCGGGCGCGGCGGGGGCUGCGGCUUCAGAAUCUGAGAAGAUGAGUCCUUAAUGAGCCCAUGAAGGGCUUCCAACUCUUGCCUUCCUCUUCUGAAGAUUCAUAUUCCACUCCUUUGAGCAUUAAUUUGUGAUUUUCCCCAGGGACUGACAGAAAACACAGCAGGGUGUGUCUGGUGGCUACUCCAGGAAACAUGGCCAAGUUUGCCCUGAAUCAGAACCUGCCUGACCUGGGCGACCCUCGCCUGUGCCCCGGCCCGAUCGGGGGCUCCCGCAGCCCGAGCUCGCCAUACGCGGUGGAGACGCCCUAUGGCUUCCACUUGGACCUGGACUUCCUCAAGUACGUGGAGGAGCUGGAGCGCGGCCCGGUUGCCCGCCGCGCUCCGGGUCCCCCGCCAGCGCGCCGUCCCCGCGCGCCCCGGCCCAGUCUCGCGGGCGCGCGCAGCCCAGGGGUCUGGACAUCCAGCGAGUCCCUGGCUAGCGAUGACGGAGGAGCGUCGGGCGCACUCUCCCCGGGCGCGCCCUCGGGGUUCCUGAUGCUGCCGCCGCUGUCGCCACGAAUGCCGGUGCGCAACCCGCGCGUGGAGGACACACUCCUGGAGACUAGCCGGCGGCUGGAGCUGGCGCAGGCACACGAGCGCGCGCGCAGCCCUCGUGGGUCCGGCCGCAGCAGCCCAGCCCUAGGCUCCGCCCCCCAUCCCGCCCCUGCCUCGCCCGGGCCGGUGCAACUGCAGCUGGUGCGCGAGCAAAUGGCCGCGGCGCUGCGGCGCCUGCGCGAGCUCGAGGACCAGGCGCGCGCGCUCCCGGAGCUGCAGGAGCAGGUGCGCGCGCUGCGCGCUGAGAAGGCGCGGCUGCUCGCUGGGCACCCGCAUCCAGAGCCGGACGGGGAGACCGAGGCGCGCCCGGACAAGCUCGCUCAGCUGCGGCGGCUCACCGAACGCCUGGCCACCUCCGAGCGCGGCGUUCGCGCCAGGGCCAGCCCCCGGGCCAACGGCCCGGACGAGGAGGCUCCGAGGCGCAGCGAUGGCGCACUCCAGGUCGACGGGGCGGCGGGGACUCCCUCCCGGUCGUCCCAGACGCAGGAUGCGGGAACCCAGGCCGUACUGGGGACCCAAGAGGCGGGAUCCCAGGCAGUGCCGGAGAUCCGGGAGGCCAGCGUGGAGGCGGCUCCCGAGACCUUUGAGGCGGACGCGUGGGUGACCGAGGCGCUGCUGGGGCUGCCCGCCGCCGCCGAGCGCGAGCUGGAGCUGCUGCGCACCAGCCUGGAGCACCAGCGCGGGGUGAGCGAGCUCCUGCGGGGCCGGCUGCGAGAGCUGGAGGAGGCCCGCGAGGCUGCAGAGGAGGAGGAGGCAGCGGCCCUACUUCAACGGCGCGAGGCUGCCACCCAGACGCCGUGGGGUUGUACCGAGAAGGCCACGCAGACCGAGUCCCUCGCGGAGGCCCUUUCCCUAACGCAGAAUCCACCUGGACCGGCGGAUGGGGACAGGGCCAUGGCGCCCGCUGGCAUCCUCAAAUCCAUCAUGAAGAGGAGAGACGGUACACCUGGCGCCCAACCCAGCCCGGGACCUAAGAGCCUGCAGUUUGUUGGCGUCCUCAACGGAGAGUAUGAGAGCUCAUCCAGCGAGGACGACAGUGACGCCGAUAGCGAGGACGGCGUUGCUGAGCCCCCAAGGAGCAGCUCCUCGGGUUCCGGGGACGAUAGCGGCGGGGGAUCCGACUCCGGCACUCCCGGGCCUCCCAGCGGCGAGGAUGCCCGGGACCGGGAGCCGGAGACUGAGGCAGAACCUCAGCCGGGUGCGCAAGGGAGGUGCGAGCUGAGCCCGCGAUUGAGGGAGGCCUGCGCAGCGCUGCAGCGGCAGCUGACCCGGCCCCGUGGAGUCGCCCGCGACGGCGGCACAGCACGCUUUGUGGCCCAGGAGUGGUUUCGAAUGUCGAGCCAGCGGCGCUCUGCGGCGGAGCCUGUAGCCGGGGUCCUGGGUGCGUUGGCGCGCCUGGGACCCGAGCUGCUGGAGUACGUGGUGAACCUGGCAGAUGGCAACGGGAACACAGCCCUGCACUACAGCGUGUCCCAUGGGAACCUGGCCAUCUCCAGUUUGCUGCUGGAUACGGGGGUCUGCAAGGUUGACCAGCAGAAUCGAGCAGGCUACUCAGCACUCAUGUUGGCUGCGCUCACCUCCGUGGGGCACGAGGAGGACAUGGCUGUGGUCCACAGGCUCUUCCACAUGGGUGAUGUCAAUGCCAAGGCCAGCCAGACGGGGCAGACAGCCCUCAUGCUGGCCAUCAGCCAUGGCCGGCAGGACAUGGUGGCGGCCCUGCUGGUAUGUGGGGCAGACGUCAAUGUACAAGAUGCGGAUGGGGCCACAGCGCUGAUGUGUGCUAGUGAGUACGGGCGCCUGGACACCGUCAGGUUGCUGCUGGCCCAGCCAGGCUGCGAUCCUGCCCUCCUGGAUAAUGAGGGCACCAGUGCCCUGGCCAUGGCCCUGGAGGCUGAGCAGGAUGAGGUGGCCGCUCUGUUGCACGCCCACCUGAGCUCGAGCCAGCCUGGUCCCCUGUCAUCCCCUGACUCCCCCACGGCCAUGCCUGGUGAAAGAGGAAGCAGUGACAAUGGAGAGGACCCUCAGUCUCAGUGAGCAGCCUGGCACAACGGACCCUGAUGGAGGGGUGAAGAGAUCAUUACCCCCAACCCGACCUCAGCCUCUGGGGUACAGCAGGGUGCACUGUCCAGAUGCCAGCUGUGGCCCAACCUCCUUCCCUAAUAAAACAUUCCUAGCUAAACUUGUGUCUUGUUUCAGGGGCACAUAAACACAUGG